GACGCUGUUCGUGAUUCGGAAUUUCUCGAUCGAUCCUCCGCAAGUUGGAGGAUUUGUUGGAAUUCUGCAAUUGUCGAGCUUUCGGGUGGUGCUAAUUCGCACAGUUCAGUUAGUUGCAAGAAGAUUGGGCUCGCUGCCAGUCCCCUUUUCUUCCUGUGUCAGUUCUUGGUCGACCUUGAGAGUCGCGAGGGAGAAAGAGAGCGAGGAAAACGCCGUGGAUUCGACUUCGAGUGAGGAGCUUUGGCCAGCGCAUAUAGAUUCCGUUGGCCUCACAUUUGGCGGGCGGGCAGGCGGGCGUUAUGGUGUACAUGAGACUCCGAUUGUGGGUCGAUCGGCGUGCCCAGUGAUUGUUGUGGUGGUUUGUGGGGAGGUUCAUUUAGCUUGUUUGGCUGUUGCAGCGAAUUAGAUUGUACAUAGGACAAUUGGGCCUUAAGAGCUGGGACGAGUGGCUCUGAGGGGAGUAUUCUUCUGUUGAUGGUUACAGGAGUAGAAGAAUUCUUCUAGGAUUUUUCCGCUUAGUGUAGCAAUUUGAGCACGGUGGGAGUACGGCCCGGUAUCAGCGGAGGGCUGCGUCAUGGAAAAGGUUAUGGCUUUGAUCAAGCCAAAGCCGAAUCCCCAAGAACAGUUGAGGGAUUGGCAGAGGAAAUUACGACAGGAGUCUCGUAACAUAGAUCGGCAAAUUCGGGAUAUCCAACGAGAGGAAAAGAAUGUCAAGAAGUCAAUCAAGGAUGCAGCCAAACGAAAUGAUAUGACAUCUGCGAAGUCUCUUGCGAGAGAGCUGGUCAGCGCAAGGCGGGUCGUAAACCGACUAUAUGAGAAUAGGGCUCAGCUGAACUCGGUUUCGAUGCAUUUGGGUGAAAGUGUUGCCACAGUGAAGGCCGUUGGCCACAUACAGAAGAGCACUGAGGUCAUGAAACUGGUGAAUGGUCUAUUAAAAGCACCAGAAGUGGCAGCAACUAUGCAGGAACUUUCCAAGGAGAUGAUGAAGUCUGGAGUUGUCGAGGAAAUGGUGAGCGAUACUCUGGAUUCAGCUCUCGAUAAUGAGGACAUCGAAGAAGAAAUAGAAGAUGAGGUUGAGAAGGUUUUGUUAGAAAUUGCAGGCGAAACGAUAGCUCAGCUGCCGGCAACUGCUGUACCAAAGAAAGAGAAGUUGAAACAACCUGUUGUCGAAGAACCUGAAGAGAAGGAAAUGCUGGCAGAAGGAGACGAAGAUGCCGAGAUGGAAGCAUUAAGAGCACGUUUAGCUAAUGUUCGAUCGUAAAACUGGGUUGGCUUGUCAAUUAGUCUUAAUUUAGUAUGAUCUUUUGUGGCAAACGACCUCACCUUCUCAGAGUGAGGUCGGCUGGCUAAGGUCAGAGCGUUUGUGGAUGCCUCUCAUCGCCUUGAAGCUAUCAAACGAUCCCGCGGCAACAGGAGACAAGACCUUACGAUGAGUUGCAACACAGCAGUCAGCACCAGCAACUGAAAGGUAUCCCAAGUGCAUGAAAGAUCUUCCAAAGCAGCAAAGAUGUAUCAUAAGGACACGUUUCUCAGCUGCGCUGCAAACAUAGGUUCGUAUCAGUUGAUUGUUCUCGUCUCCGAUUUUUUCUACCGGCCUGCAGAGUAUUUGUCAUCAGAUUUCUCGCGUGCUUACAAUGACUUACGUGAUCCAGACUCCUGGUCUGUUAUUCUACCUGAAUAUUGCUGCUUGUUUACAAGAUUCGAUGGAUAUCUUCUCUCCAGUUUCUGGUGAUGCCACUCACCAAAGUACGGUUUUCCUAUGUAACAUUAGCUGCUGUGCAACCAGGUCUAUGGAACUGCUCACAUAAGCUUUAUCUCAGUGAGGAAAGUUGUAACGCUUCUUGGGAUAUAGACCCUUCGGGUAUUUGUAGCGCUUUCACGUUUAAAAAUUUUCUCUAGAUCGUUUUAAGUCUAGUUUGGUGAUCCUUCAACGUUUAGCGUGGGGCAUACUCUUGGUUGAUAAUUUUGAAGUAGGAUGAUGGGAGCAUCCGACAUAAUUGCAGCUGGCACUCCUUUCCAUGGUAUAGGCCCAUUCAGCAAUCUCCUUUCCAUGACUUUGCUCAAGUUGCUACAUUAUCAUUCUUGAUUGGUUGAAUUAGUUGUCUUUCGGAAUAGUAGUUACUUGCCUGCAUGAUUUCAAACUGGACUGAGAACUGCUUGCAGCAAAAUCUGUAUGUAUGGCUUGUUUAGCAGUAUAUUGCCCUAUACUAAUCAUCCCACUCAAGUACGAAAUUGGGAUGAGAGUCGUAGUACAGCUGAUCUCUUUCUUUUUAGAGCUUCUCAUUCAUCACCUGCCGAUAAGUGCUUCAAUUUGGACUAUACAAGAGUUUCCACUUUCACGCAGUUGACGGCUGGAGAUGGCCAUGUACUAAAGCAUUUGUCAAUACAUUCAUUGGGUCAAGCCUGUCCAGGACCAUGAAUGAGGACAUUGGUGU